CUGUCAUUUGACGUUUGGCGGAGACCGGGCGGGUAGUCUGCUAAAGGAGGUGGGAAAGGACGAACGGUCGCCCUUCGCGACGUCUUCUAUCUUCUCACCCUUCUCGAUCAUCUACUCCACGUUUCCUUUGAACGCCGCAGCGCGUCCUGAGCGAACCUAUCCCCAGCGCCCCUGCACGCCGCCGCAUCACGCUGUUUGAUUCCCUAACCGAUGACUUCAUCCCAACAGUCAUUACAGUUUGUUAUCGUCACCGGACCGGCUUAGACUGACGAUCGCUCCGGAGUCGGACGUAAAUGGACGUCACUGCGUCUCUCUGCCCGUGCACUGGCGCUGAUGUUGGAGUGGAACGGACGUCAUCAGUUCUACACUGUAGUUCUGGCCAUCAGGCAGUUCUCUUGACUUUCUAAUUACGACGUAGAGACAGUAGAGAAACCAAGAGUAACAGACAGUUGGUCUGAGAGUAGAGCCUGUUCUGAAUAUAGAAUUGUUAAGACAUGCUGUGUCGACUGAGAAUAGAUAGAACUGAGGCCUUAGGGUGGACCCUGUUCAUCUUCUCCCACCUGUACUUCUUCACCACCUGGGCAGCGGCUGAUUUCACAAGUGCAGUUGUCGGCAAUGUGACGGACGUCUACAAUGUUACCGAGGCGCCCACAGCGGUUCGCGAUGCCGUGGUGAGAGAUAAAACAGACCACACGAGGAAGGCUGCGAUCCACACGUCCAGAGACAGCGGCAGGCACGUCCCCAGCCUCCGCCAGAUCGUCACCAUAUUCGAGAUUCUGGCUGUGGUCGCCGUCUUCACUAUUCUGUUCUCCGCUACAGCCAGCAGGAGAAAGAAGCCACAGAAGAGAAGAAAGCCACGCAUUGUGAACGACUUGACCUUGAGACUGGAAGACCUGGAGAGGGUUGGAUUGCAUCUUGACCCCGAAUUGUCGAGGAAUCAGUUCACUGUCCUGCCGAAAAACGACAACAACAACUACCUCCCGGGACCGACCAUCAUGGUGUAGUAGCUGCACUCUGCUCCGCUUGAUGGCGCUGCUGAGAGUUGGACUUGAUACUCACACGGCGUUGUAACAAAAUACACUCGAUUUUGAUAACAGCAGAUGUUGUGUUUGGAUGAACGUCUUCCUAUGUAACGAUCUCGCAUGCUUUUCGCUAUCUCAUCGAUAUAACAGCAUGGUUAAGUAGAACUCUCUAGACCCAAUGACAUGCAUAUAGUGAAUUAUGUAGCCUCCAAAAAAAACUGACAACUGAUAUGCCAUAUCAUCGGACAAAAAAGCUAGAGAAGCUCGAGUCUUUGAGCCUGCUAAGGAGGUUAGUAAACAUUGGAGUUUACGGUGAUGUAUAUAUGUACAGUACAUGUAGUAUUGUAUGUAUGUAUGUAUAAUAAUGAAAUAUAGGUAGAGCUGUGCCAUGUCAUUAUGAGCGAGGAAGUGUAUACCAAGGACACGAAAUAGUAUUUUUGUGAUUCCCGAUUCAUAUCACUGAGUAGUGCCAUUGUGUGUAGUCGGAUAGUUAGGGUGAAAACCGUUAUAGCUUCAACAUGACGUAACUAUGAUAAUGUUAAUAACUAUGCAGUUUUCAACAUACAAACAGUGAGAAAAGACAACUUGUACAUCUAUACUCCUCAUUGGAUAACUACGAUUUUUAUUCAAACGUUGUGGACUAUACAGCCACAGAAGAUGCUGUUCUUCAAGGGUCCGAGACUGGACUGCCAAUGACAUUCAAAUGCUGAAGCUUCCCGAUAAGUUGAAGCUUAGGUAAGAACAGAUUUAAGGAUCCUGAAA